GUGGAGAAUUAAAGUAACAGGCUGCUGGAAACUCUGGUGAGCUUUGCUGACUGAGCAGUGGUGUUGAUUGAAAGUAAUAGGAGAUGAUGUUGGGGCACCAGCUUCCCAGGACCAGAGCUUUUGUUCAAAAGGCUCUGUACAGUUCUGUAGUGUGGGCUGUACGGAGCAGUGUCUGAUGUUACUUGUCAACACCAUUCCCAUCUUCCAGUGGACACAGGUGAUGCUCUGAAGGCUAUUGCUGUACUGGAAGACAUGGAGAAAUUGAGUUCGAUUGGAGAUGCGAAUGACUCCAACUAUGAAGUCUACACCCGCUUUAUGAAGUCACACAGAUGCUAUGAUCUUGUUCCCACCAGCUCCAAACUUGUGGUAUUUGACACUUCUCUGCAGGUGAAGAAAGCUUUCUUUGCUCUGGUGUCAAACGGAGUCCGUGCUGCACCACUCUGGGACAGCAAAACACAGGGCUUUGUGGGCAUGCUCACAAUCACAGAUUUCAUUAAUAUUUUACACCAAUACUACAAGUCACCACUGGUUCAGAUCUACGAAUUGGAGGAACACAAAAUAGAAACAUGGAGAGAGGUUUAUCUACAAGACUCGUUCAAACCAUUGGUGAGCAUCUCUCCAAAUGCCAGCUUAUACGAUGCAGUUUCAUCGCUGAUCAAGAACAAAAUUCAUCGUCUUCCGGUCAUUGAUCCAUUAACAGGGAACACGCUCUACAUCCUCACACACAAGCGCAUUCUCAAGUUUCUCAAGCUCUUCAUUUCAGAGAUGCCCAAACCUGAUUUUAUGUCCAAAACAUUGGAAGAAUUGAAUAUUGGAACGUACCACAACAUUGCAGUGGUGAACAAAAACACUCCUAUUUAUGUGGCGUUGGGAAUCUUUGUGGAAAAACGGGUGUCUGCGUUGCCUGUGGUGGAUGAAUCUGGACGCGUGGGGGAUAUCUACUCCAAGUUUGAUGUCAUUAACCUGGCAGCAGAAAAGACCUACAACAAUCUGGACAUCACGGUGACCAAAGCAUUGCUGCAUCGCUCCCAGUACUUCGAGGGAGUGCUGAAGUGCUACAAACAUGAAACUCUUGAGACGAUUAUCAACCGACUUGUGGAAGCAGAGGUUCAUCGGUUAGUUGUGGUUGACGACAAUGAUGUAGUGAAUGGGAUUGUCUCGCUCUCUGAUAUUCUACAGGCUCUGGUAUUAACCGGGGGAGGUGAUCUAUCAUCUGAAUCUGAACAGUAAGAGAUGUGUGGACAAAGUACACCAGUGACGUUUUCUCCACGUAGAGACCUCACCAGCCCGGAAAUCUUGUACCCACGGUUUUUCACCAGCUGACCCAUUAUAUAGAGGAAGAUGCUUGCAACUGCUCACAAUUCCCAUUCUGAUUUUACUUUGCUACACCUCCCUGCUUAAAGCCGUUCACUUUAUCCACCAAAAUGAUACUGCGGGUCAGGUCAAAGGAACUAAGUCUUUAGUUCAUUUAAUUAUCCCAUUCUGCAAAGGUAGGGAGCUUCUAGGAGUGUUUUAGCUGCCUGAUCAUUUCGUUAUCUAAAUGUUACUUUGUUUUAUACUUGGUUUUGUGUUUGAUUUAUAUGUGCUGUAUAGACUAUAAUAAUGCAUUUAUUGUAACCCCAGUUUGAUACGGUGACAUGAUUCUUUUAUUAUUCAUAGGCAUGCGAAAGAGGCUGGCCAAUGCAAACAAUUUAUCAAUGACAGAAUAUAUGAAUACUGUUUAAUAAAUCGUGUCCUCUUUGAUUAUGAUUUUGAGUAAAUCCACCACCCAAAUUAUUAGACUGCAUUUUUUUCAAAAAUAUAUAUUUUUGAUGUACCAUUUCCCACAUAACUAAAUGUGGUGUUACCCGCACCAAAACACUGCAAGUAGACUUGCACUGUCUUUGCACUCCUGGUCGAAACUUGGUUGAUACAAAUGACGUGAAUAUAAUCUGCCCAUUUCUGGAGCCUCCGAGACCAAGUUGCAAAUUUAAGAUGAAGCAGAACGUUCCCAUUGUUUGAACGUUAUCAAAUAACAUGGAACUCUCUUUGAACUUGUGCAGCGAUGUCACUUGACAUUUGAUGAGUUUUGGAUGGUCUCGUCCAUAAAUGGUCCAGGUUUGGAAGGUGGAGUGGGAAUGAUUUUAACUUUUCAAAAUCUUCAAACAACAACCCAUCAUCAAUUUAAAAAAAGGAUAAAUAUAUUUAACUGAUUCUCAGUAUUUAAACAGCAAAUUGUAUAUUUUUAACAAUGGGGGAAAAGGUGAUUACAGGUUCUGUGCUUGACUAUAUUUUGUGGUUCAUUUUUACAAUAUAAUUUUGAUGUUCAUGGA